UCUCUACAGGUGCAUGUGAGGCACAUGAAAUGCCUUCAUUGCCUCUGUGAUAUUCUGACAGUGAUGAAAUCGUUGUUAAUAUGGAAGAUAUUAAUGAACAAAUUUAUGCGGAUAUUAAAUCAUUAUUAGAAGAUAUAUGUGUAUUUUUACAAAACAAAUGUGGAAACUUCUCCUCAGCUGACAAGGCAAUAGCUGGAAGUAUAAUUGAAAAAUGUACCAAACAACUGUCAAAACUCACUGAAAACCGCCCGGAUUAUGUUGUUAUGAGUUCGGGAACUUCAGUAGAUUAUCCAAGUAAUCCACCAUUAUUACCAAAAACCGCAAAGAUCCCCAAAAAAAUUAACACAGAACUCCAUAAAGAAGGAACUGUAUCCACUAAUGAAGAACUAAACGAUUACACGAAUACAAAUAAUGUACCACAUUUAUUAGAAGAAAGGUGUUCAUUCUCGGAUUUGCCAGCAAAAGACGCUUCGCAAGAGAUCAAAUGCGGAACACUGAUAUUUCAAAGAAGGAUAUUUAGUUUCCUACCACGUUCUACUGAGGUUUUUGGAUCUAUUCACAAUUCCUGGUUACUAAUUUACUGGUCCAGUAAAGACUCAAAACCGUUUUGUACGUUGAACUUGAAAAAAUACGAAGCACAUCAAGAUGAAUACGAAAACAACAGCCACGAAGCGGAAUUGGAAGAACGAAAUUUAAAAACAAAUAAAUCGAAAAGGAAUUAUUUUAAAGUAGUUGAUUCGAGUUUGCCUGAAAAACAUUACCAGUUUGUUGCCAAAUCUCAUAAGGAUAUGCUUCAGUGGGUAUAUACAAUAAAUUCAGUGAAUGGGAAGAAGACAAUAAAAGAUAGAGAAGAUUGCAACUCAAAUAACGAAGACGACACUGAAAAUAUAUAUGCUGAAGUCAUCAUGUAUGUACAAAGUGAAUCAAAAACUCCUGUUUUGUUACCCAAGAGCAAAGCAAGUGAAGAUACAGACCGUCCACCCUUACCAGAUAAACCAGCAAAUCUGAAACCAAAAACUGACUUAAAGCAUUCUAAUAUUUCAUGCUCAUCUAGUGAUACAUCUGAAACCAACGGACUGACUGAAGAAAACCUAAGUAGCUCCAAAAGGCUAAGUGAUACUUCUGACAACAAGGACUAUAUUGAACUUGAUGUAGUGAAAUCAACUAUAUUUAUUGAAAAAGAAGCCUUAAGCCACGUUAAAGUUGAAGACGAAUGCGACAGGGAGAAUAUUGAGUUCAGAAAAUCAUCAACAGAAGUGAAACUAGAUGUUGAACAUGAUGAUUCCCAAUAUGAGGAAUUUUUUGUAGCUUCUGUUACACCUCCUAAAAAAAGCUUAAAAGGCAACGUAAUGAAAAUAGUGCGAAGCAUCUCCAACAAAACGGUGCCUUCAAAUAACUUCGAGACGUUUUCGAGAAAUUCAAAAAUCGAAACGUUUCAAGCUAGUCCAUCCAAAGAAACAGUUAUUGAUAUUUCAUCCCUCACAACCAAACCAACAGCUUUAAUCAUAGACUCCGUGGGUAAUAAUCACAAGAAUAAAGUCAAAAAGGAAGCUGAACUCCCCAUGGUUUUACGAAGUGCCCUCUUAGGUGACGAAAUCAACUCUACAAAGAAAAAAUCUCCCACUGUACAUAUUAAACCAUGCAGUAAAAAACAUUUUUAGAUAGAGCUUCUACAAAUUGUACAUUAUUAUUAUUGUGAUAUAAAAUUAUACUCUGUUUAUUUUUUUUAAAUCACAAAGAAAAAUUGCAUCAUUUGUAUGUUUCUUAAUGUUGAAAUUAUAAAAUAAACGUGCACAUUAGCACACAUUCAAACAAAGGAUUAUCUAAAUUUAAAUUAUGAUUGUAUUUAAAAAGCAUUAAGUGUUUAUUAACAUCUUUCUAUAAAGUAAUUAACACAGUUAUUCUGCAGUAACCGGUAAGUUUUAAAAUAUUUU